UAGAGCCAAAACACAAGUCAAACGCAAACUAUGUUUCAAUUGAAUGACCAAAAUAUACAACAAUUAACUCAUUAUCGCCACAAUUAUCACUGAAUUGAGUCCAAAGCUGAUCCCAGUAUUAUAUUUGCAAUACAUUUGAAUGCCAUACGAGUGAGACAUACCACACGUGGUGGACACAAGUGGUAAACAAAGUGGUAGACUGAGUGGCGAUGUCUGGAGCGCAUCCAAACUCCGGACCCAAUGGGAUGUACUCUUCGCGCGGAAUCGGUCGUCAGGCCGUCGGAGGGAGACAUUCAGACCCCGACCGCAAUCGGGGUCAGUAUCAGAGCUCUCCAGACAUUAACUAUAGACCCGAAGCCUCCGAUUACAACAGAAAUGCUAACAUUGGAAACGAUCGAGACUUUGAUCGCAGAGGAGGGGGUCCUCAGCCACCCAACGGUCCGCCCAUUGAUCGCGAGUUAGACCGAAGAGGCGCUCCCUCUCAGAGUCAUCGGGACUUUGAUCGCAGACACGACUCAUACAGAGAUAGAGAUCGCGAUUACGACCGAAGAGGAGGCGGUCCGUACAGAGACCCUGAUUACGAUCGAAGACAUAUCCCUCCAAACGAUCGCGACUUUGAUCGCAGACCUCCUCCUCAAAGCGAUUAUCCUCCGGGAGGACCGCGUGGAGGAGGGGGUCCUCCGCCUCCUAUCCCACCGAUUGAUCCAGAAUUAGAGCGAAGACCUCCGCCCCCAAGUCAUACCAAUUAUCACAUAAAGCCUAACAUUUCUAGCGAUUAUGACAGAAGAGCUGAGUUCACAGGUGGAGGCGGACCUGCGGGUGGCGGUGGCGGUGGCGGUGCACCUCUCCCUCCAAGUGAUCGCAAAGAUUACUAUAGAGACACUCUCGAAGACAACUACAAAGCGUCGCCCACAGAUGGAUAUACACCUCCGCCACCAGCUCUGCCUCCGUCCCGCCAUUAUAGCCCACCGCCAGCGUCGGCGCCGCCCCCACAACCGCCUCCAAGUUAUUCUAGACCCCCACUGACUGGUGGAGGGGGUCCACCACCACCUCAAAGGCCUCCGGCGCAGAGUUCGGUCGCAAACUUCGCUCCUUAUGGUGUGGACGAAGACGGAGAGCCCUUGACUAAGGAGGAGAUGAAGGAAAGACAAUAUCAGGAGAGUUUGAAAAAUCUGUUCCACGGCGUCAACUCCAUCGACGAUCUCAUCACUAUCAAAGAGCAGUACAACGCGAAGGAGUCCUCUUUGAAGAGUAUUCUGGAGAAGACUGCUGUAAGAGAGGGCGAUAUCCAGAGAAAUAGGAACCGAAAUCGAGCCAAUUGUAAGGAUCCGGAACUUCUGGAGAUGAAGAAACUGUCGGAAGACGUGAAACAGAGACUCGAAGAAGUUUGCAAAUUUAAAGUGGAAAUCGACAAAAGGAUUCGCGCCUACAAUAAGGCUAUAAAGGAGGCGAUGGCUAACGACGAGCCAGACGUGAAAGAAGGCAACAGUAAAGUGGGUGAAAGUGUUGAUAAGCCGAGCAAUUAUGAGGCACAGCUCCUCCAGAACUCAUUGAUCACAACUACUGUUGAAGACGAGGAGAGCGAAGAAGACGAGUUCGAGUACGAGAACUCCACCCGAGAGUACUUCGACGCCGGCUCUCAUUGGUGUAGAGAUUGUGAUAAAAUGGUGCCUAAAAUAUGGCCUUAUUUUGAGCACUUGCACUCUCAGAAGCACUGGGAGUCGGCUACCAAUGAACUAAAGCCGUGGAGGAAAGUGAAGAGACCUAACAUUUCGAAAAUCUGUAAGCCUUCAGACCCGAUGGGCCCCAAGAAGUCAAUUGCUCCGAAGAUUAGGACUCCGUUGAAAGGCGCUCAGUUUCUCAUCCCAUUGAAGGGCUUUUAUUGUCCUCUUUGUAGUCAAUACUUAGCCGAUGAUCUCAUGGCUGAGGAGCAUCUGAAGUCAGCCAAACAUAAUCGGAUUUAUAAUCGGUUCAUAUGUCUGAACGUGGAUUACGAGCAUAAGUGGAAUGCAGACAAAGGGAAGGCUCUGAACCGACAUCAGGUGGCAGAGAGGAAGCGCGUCAAAGACGAGGAACAGAAAGAGUUGGAAAAGAAGAAAAUAAAAGACGAGCAGAAGGUUAAGGAGGAAAAGGAGGCGAAGAAACGCAGACGAGAAGAGGAGAACAAACAGAAGGAAAAGGAGAAUAAACAGAGAGAUAGGGAGGAGAGGGAGAGAGACCGCUCGCUCACCAACAACUCGAGCGACAGAUUUAGGCUGAAGAGUGUUACGAUGGAUCUGAACACUAGAGACGGUAAGAGUAAGAGAGACAAAGAGAGGGGUCGAGAGAAGGAGCGCAAGAGAACCCGAAUCUAUUCGUCUGAUUCGGAUUCAUCGCCUUCUCCUCCGCGAAAGAAGAGGACGUAUUUCGGUGAUCCAUAUGAAGACCCGAAACUCAAACUCAUGUCAUUCGUACCGUUGAAUCGACUAAACAAAAGGACUGCGAAGAAGUAUCACUGUCCGGACCUUAUUAAGUACAUAGAGGACGCAUAUUUAAAACCUAAGACCCCAUCCAUUGCCACUGAUGUGAAGCCCAGUUCUCCCAUUAAAAUGGAUUUCGACAACAAACACGACGACAAACACGACAAUAAAGAGCUCAAAAGCGCUGUCGACGACAUUCUUAAGGGUUUGGGUGAUGACGAUGACGACGACAAUGACAUAAAACCACAGAAAGAAAAUGUGGUUAAAAUAGAAGUGUCUCCAGAAUCUCCAGCAGAACCUAAUGGAAGUCCAACCGAUGAGAAGCCAAAAGACAUAUUAAUCGAUAAGAAUAGUGACGAACAAAUCGACGAUAAGCCUCCGGACGAGUACCACAAAGUAGACGACGAUUCACAUGAAAGUAUUGGUUUGGAAAACCAGUUGCAGAUGGAUAUCGAUGUCGGGGUAAGUGCUGAACCGAAAGACGAGUCAGGGAUGAGAGCAGUGGAGGAAACAUCUGCUGAUGAGAACAACGAUUCUGAAGACAAACCCAAAAGUCCAUAAGUCUCACAAAUAGUCAUUCAUUCCUUAAGAUAUUCUAUUUUUUUUGUAAUUACUGACCAUAAGAAUUAAAGUGUUUUAUUAGUUUUA